GAAGCCUGCGCAUGUGCAUCGACUACCAAGCUCUUAAUAAGCAGACCAUCAAGAAUAAAUAUCCGAUACCGCGAAUCGAUGACCUGCUUGACCAGCUUCGGGGAGCUACGGUAUUUUCCAAACUGGAUCUGCGGUCCAGAUACUGGCAGAUACGGAUGGCGGACAACUCUAUCCACAAAACUGCUUUCCGAACUCGGUAUGGAUCAUACGAGUAUUUGGUAAUGCCAUUCGGACUCACCAACGCACCAGCGACGUUCCAAGCCGAAAUGAACCACAUUCUACGACCACUUUUGGACGAGUGCGUGGUGGUGUACCUGGACGACAUACUCAUCUACUCGCUCGACAUGAAGCAGCACGUCAAACACCUGCGACGCGUCUUCGAAAUUCUUCGACGAGAACGGUUCUACGUCAAACUGUCCAAGAGCGAAUUCGCCCUUGAAAAGGUCCAGUUCCUAGGACACAUGGUGAGCGCUCAAGGAGUUCACGUCGACCCCAAGAAGAUCGAAGCCGUACGUAUGUGGAGGACACCCGAGAACGUGAAGGAGUUGCAGCAGUUCCUAGGCUUCGCCAAUUACUACAAUAGGUUCGUGCCACAGUAUGCGAAAAUCGCAGCACCCCUCACGAAUCUGCUGAAGAAGAACACGCCCUACAAAUGGGAGCCGAAGCACCAGGAAGCCGUGGAGCAGCUGAAGCAAGCACUUACGUCCGCACCAGUACUCAUCUUGCCAGAUCCCGAACGCGACUACGUCAUCGAAGCUGACGCCAGCGACCAGGCAGUGGGAGCAGUCUUGAUGCAAGACCAGGGGAAUGGACUGCAACCAAUCGCCUACCUAAGCAAGAAACUGCACGGGGCAGAACUAAACUACCCGAUACACGACAAAGAGGCCCUUGCCAUCGUCAUCGCCUUCACAGCGUGGAGAUGUUAUCUCGAAGGACGAAGAACAACCGUCUACACCGACCACUGCAGCCUGAAAUAUUUGAAGACACAACCCAACCUUUCCAGGCGGCAGGUCCGGUGGAUCGACUUCCUCGAGACACACUUCCACUAUGACAUCGUGUACAAGCCCGGCCACAAAAACAAAGCAGAUGCUCUCAGCCGACCUGCACACGUUGCCACUAUUCAGAUCGAAGGGAUGAAUCCACUCCUCAAGGGACUCUUCAUACACGGUGACAUCGCGUACCGGAAAGGAUCAACGAAAAUCUGGGUACCCAAUUACCCUCCUUUGCGCCAGUUACUACUCGAAGAAUACCACGACGUCCUCUACGCCGGACACUUUGGUAGCAACAAGACGCUGACCGGUAUCGCAAAGCACUACUACUGGCCCCACUUGGCAGAAGAUGUCCAGAAAUUCGUCACCAAGUGUGAUACAUGUCAGCGGAUGAAGAGUAGCAAGCAGAAAAAGGCGGGACUACUGCAGCCUCUUCCUGUCCCACAACAACCAUGGCAAGUGGUUAGCCUGGACUUCAUCACCGGGUUACCACCUACCUCCAGCGGUCAUGACGCCAUCCUUGUCGUCAUCGACAAAUUCUCCAAAAUGGGACACUUCAUCCCGACACACACGACAGCACGCACCGAAGAAACAGCACAACUCUUCGUUCGAUACAUCAUCUCACAGCAUGGCAUUCCAACCACACUCAUCUCCGACCGAGACCCUAAGUUCGCCAGCAAGUUUUGGAAGGAACUUAUGUCUCUCCUCGGGACCAAACUCGCCAUGUCAUCUGCUUACCAUCCGCAGACAGACGAACAGGCCGAGCACCUCAACCAAAUUGUUGAGCAACUCCUCCGAGCAGCCUGCAAGGACGAGAUCUCCAAAUGGGACUUACACCUGCCCGUACUAGAGUUUGCUUACAACAGUGCUACACAUGCCGCUACUGGUCAGACGCCGUUCUUCCUCUGCUAUGGACGCCACCCACUCACACCACAAAAACCGACAGCAUCCGCUACAAUCCAACCUGCACAUGAUUUCAUCACAACCAUGCAUCAGCUUUGGGAUCGGACUCACAAGCGCCUCCUCGACAUUCAACAGCAACAGAAGCGCCAAGCCGAUCGCCAUCGCAACGACCACACCAUCACGGUGGGAGACCAGGUGCUUCUUGACACCCGCAAUCUUGACAUCAGCCAUCUCCCAUCUAAACUUCGACCUCGCUUCUGCGGGCCUUUUCUCGUUGAAGCACAGGCGUAGGAUCCCCUGACUUGUUUAGU